CGUGGAUGGAAAUUGUGGAACCUCGUGGUGUAGAUUUAUUGAUGGUCGAACGAAGAAAAAUAUAAAAUGUUGGUGUUAUUCGAAACAGCAGCUGGAUAUGCUGUUUUCAAGCUACUUGACGAGAAGAAAUUGCAGAAAACAGAAAACUUAUACUUGUCUUUUGAAUCUCCUGAAAAGGCCAAUCAAUUAUUAAAAAUGAAACAUUUCCGAAAAUUCCAAGACACAACAGAGGCUCUUGCAGCUGCAACUGCUGCUGUUGAGGGUAAGAUGAGCAAGACUUUGAAGAAACUGAUGAAAAAAAUUAUUGCAUCAGAUGCACAAGAAGAGUUGGCGGUAGCUGAUGCUAAAUUAGGAAAUGUCAUAAAGGAAAAGUUCAAUGUUAGCUGUGUAUCAAACUCAGCAAUCCAUGAGUUGAUGAGAGGAAUCAGGUCCCAAAUGGACAGCCUUAUAACUGGUCUUCCCCAGAAGGAGAUGGCUGCCAUGGCCCUGGGAUUAGCCCACAGUCUUUCACGUUACAAACUGAAGUUCAGUCCAGAUAAAGUUGACACCAUGAUUGUUCAGGCUAUUUCCUUAUUGGAUGACCUUGACAAGGAAUUAAACAAUUACAUAAUGAGGGCAAGAGAAUGGUAUGGGUGGCACUUUCCAGAGCUGACGAAAAUAAUAGGAGAUAACUUGGCUUAUGCUAAGACUGUGAAGAAAAUGGGCUACAGAACAAAUGCAGUCAGCACAGACCUUUCUGAUAUUCUGCCAGAGGACAUUGAGCAGGAAGUAAAACAAGCAGCAGAAAUCUCCAUGGGAACAGAAAUCUCAGAGGAAGACAUUUUGAACAUCACUCACCUCUGUGAUCAGGUUAUAGAAAUUACUGAUUACCGUCAGCAACUGUAUGAGUAUGUGAAAAACAGGAUGAUGGCUGUAGCUCCAAACCUAACAGUGCUGGUAGGGGAGCUGGUGGGGGCGAGGUUAAUAGCCCAUGCAGGCUCCUUGCUGAAUUUGGCUAAGCACCCCUCAUCCACUGUUCAGAUACUUGGAGCUGAAAAAGCUUUGUUCCGAGCCCUGAAAACCAAACAUGACACACCUAAGUAUGGUCUUAUUUAUCAUGCUUCACUGGUGGGUCAGGCUAACCAGAAACUUAAAGGAAAGAUGUCCAGAAUGUUGGCAGCAAAGGCUGCCUUGGCAAUUCGAGUGGAUGCCUUGGGUGAAGACACUAAUGUGGAAAUGGGGAUGGAGCACAGAGCAUUGCUGGAAAAACGCAUGAGGGCAUUGGAGGAGGGAAAGGCAAGGAAAAUCACAGGAAGUGGAAAGACUCCAGCAAAAUGGGAGAAGUACCAUAAUAAAAGUGAGGUGAAGACUUAUGACACAUCUUUUGAUUCUACAUUGCCAAGUGCAUCUAAGAAACGAAAAUUUGAAGAGAAUGGAGAGACAGAGGAUGAUGUCAAGCCUAAAGUUCUCAAAAUGGAAGAAGAUGGUGAUGCUCCUACCUCAGAGAAAAAGAAGAAGAAAAAGAAAGAAAAGAGAAAGAGUGAAGAACCUGUUGAAGAAGUUCUGCCUCUUGAAAAUUCUGAAAAGAAGAAGAAGAAAAAGAAAAAGAUCAAAGAAGAGCCUGACAGUGACUGAUGACAUCAUUAUUGACAUAGCAACCAUUACCAAUGUGUUCCACUGUUAGAUUUUUCAAAACAAGUCAGAAUGUUACAGGAAGGGAGGAUGUGUGUAUGUUGGUUGUAAAACUCAUUUACAUCAUUUACAUUGUUAUUGAUGAAUUGUUAAAUUUUACAGGAAGUAAAGAGACAUUUAUUAUUUCA